GGACAAUCUUGUCAGAAAUACAGAAGAGAUGCGUGUUGGAGUAGUGGGGUAUGGUAAUGUGGGUCAAUAUUUGGUACAGCAGAUUGAGGAACAUGCCUCGCUAGAGCUAGCUUUUGUUUGGAAUAGAACUGUGUCAGCCUUAGAUGACCUUCAAAACAGGGAAGCAGUUCUGGAAAAUCUUUCAGAUUUUGCUUCAAGGAAAGCAGAUUUGAUUGUAGAAGUUGCCCAUCCUAACAUUACCAAGCAAUGGGGAGCUAGGUUCCUGGCAACAGCAGACUAUAUGAUUGGCUCCCCUACAGCUCUUAGUGAUGCUACUUUGGAGACAGAAUUGAGGAAUGCUUCCAGCUGCCAUGGUCUAUACAUUCCGACAGGAGCAUUUUGGGGUGGGGAUGAUAUCAAGAAGAUGGCAGAUCGAGGAACAUUACAGGCACUGAAAGUGACAAUGAAAAAGCAUCCAAGCAGUUUCAAGCUUAAUGGGGAUUUGAAGAUCACAAAUGAACAGGUGUUGGACAAUGCAGUUGUCCUGUAUCAAGGUAGUGUACGAGGGUUAUGUCCUCUGGCUCCUAAUAAUGUCAACACCAUGGCUGCCGCCGCAGCAGCAGCACACAAUUUGGGGUUUGACAAAGUCACUGGGUGCCUGGUGUCAGAUCCAAGUCUUACAGACUGGCACAUAGUAGAAGUGGAGGUGUGGGGUCCAGGAAACAUGGACAAUGACACGGCUUUUCAUGUCAAAACUGUCCGUAGGAAUCCUGCUAAAGUUGGGGCUGUUACAGGAAGUGCAACAUACGCUUCAUUCCUUAGUAGCAUGUUGGGUGCCCAUGGCAAGGGACCAGGUGUACACCUGUGUUGAAGAUCUGUGGACAGUAAAGUUGAACAAUUUUAUACAGAAAAAGUUUUGAUAAAAAAUUAAUGUCUUUUGAUAAAAUUGAUAAAACUAUGACAGCACAGCAUGGUCUGUUAUUUCAGCUUCAUGAGUAACACAAACCACCCUGAGUUGUGACAUUGGAUCAUCACUGAGAUUGCCAGUCUAGAAACUCAGCCUUCUGAAAUGUAUAAUUACUGUUUGGAUAUGGCUGAAUUAUUGAAACAGUUUUCUGAAGAAAAAGUCUAAAACUGGCUGAUUAUUGUAAAAUAUGAUAUAAACUUGAUUAAUUUUACCAAAUUUGCCAAACAAGUUAUUUCAGCUUAUACUAAUCACUCUUGUUGGCCCAGAUGUAAGCAUUUUUAGGGGUCUUAUUGUGGGAGGAAAUAGGCGUGCCCAGGGAAAACCCACAUGGUCGGGCAGGUGACUCCUUACCUUUUCACGUCCGUUCUGGGAAUCAAACCCUGUUUUCAACAGUAUGGCAUUGUACAGAGUUAGUGGGCAUUACAAAUCUCAGGCUAAAUUUUUAGGAAAAUAUUUUUGGUGAAGCCAUGAUGGUUCAUCAUUUAUUCUAGCAAGAACAGGAAGGCAGAUUGUCAAUUACCAAGACUAGUGGGACAGUUUAUUUAUAGAGGUAGGGAAAUGUAAAAUCUUAUAUAAAACAAAAUAUCUCUCCCCUUAAAUUCUGAGACAUUGAACUGACCUAAUUGAAUACUAAAUAGCAGGAUUAACAAGGCUUAACUGUAUACUGCUUGAUUAAUCAUUAAAGAUAAACUAAUACAAAUUAUAGAUUUAUGAUACAGCUUGAAAACUUCACUGAUAAAAAAAAUCAAGAAGAAAAGGAAAAAAAAUUCCUUGCAAAAAUAAGUAAAAAACGAAAAUUUCCAAGUCAAAAUUGAAAAGGUAAUUUCUGUUCAAUAUCUAUGGUCUGCAUUUUAAUAUUACAAUGCAAUCUGUAAGUCUGUAACAUCAUUUCAGUAUUUGAAGCAAUGUUAUAAUGAGUUAUAUUACACUAUGUAAUACACAAAAAUAAUAGAUAGUUAUAUUCACUACAUGGUCGUAUUUAAAGAGUUAUUGAUCACUGUGGAGGUAAAUAAUUGUAACUUUAAGCAUAUCACAUUCAAUACAUUCCAUAUAUUCAAUAUUAUACAUGUAUUAAAUGUAUAUGAACAGAAGGUUUUGUAUAUUGUCAAUAGAGGGGUAUCUGGGCAUUAGCAUUUGUAUUGAAAAAUGUUUCAGGAGUACAUAACAGAUUUAGAAAUUUGUUCUUUUAUGCUGUGUGAUGGGAUUUUUUACUGCCAUAAUCAUAUAUACAACAACACAUAUAAUUAUGUUUUGGACUAGGCCUAUAACCAUAUAAUUCUGUAGAACUGUGUAAGUCAAGAUCAACAUCUUUUUACAAUGAGUAUUACCAACUGUUUUAAGCAUUGUUUUCAUGUCAUUUUGUUGCAUGUUUAAAAUGUUUCAGAUUUUGUAUAAGACUUGUACUUUCAAUCAGAUUGUUAUUUUUACAGUAUUAAAAAAUAUUUUUUAAAA